CUUUUCCCUGUUUCCCCGUCCGGAGCGAGGCGAGGGGUGAGGGUGACGCAACCGAGCGCCGCCAACCGCGACCGCCUUCCUCACCUGUGUCACCUCCGCCGCCAUCCUCACUUCGAUCGCCUCUGCCGUCAUCCUCAGCUUGUCCUGUCGCACUGCUUGUGCCGCACCAGCUUGUUGCCUUCCGCGCCCGGCUGCGCCAGCCAGGCUCGUCCGGCCCUCGCGCCGCUUACUUCUAUUUUGCCCGGCCCCAUAGAAUUCGAACCGCAAAUGAGACAGGCGCUACUGCAGCCGUGGGAAAGGAAACGCAAAACAACGCCAACGCCGUCUUCUCUUCCUGGAGGCGGGCCUGGGAAGGAGGUGGAGCGCAGCUGGCUCCGCUAGGGUUUCCCCUGUUCUCGGUGGAGGCGCCGCGCCUCCGGGACACGGGCUGCGUCAGGUGACUGCUGCAGGCUCGUUGAUGCAAGGGAGGUCAAGCCGUCUGUGAUUCUCUUCCUGAAGUUCUAUCCCGAUGCCGUCCAUCACGCACUACGUGCUGGAUCGCCUCCUAGAGACACGGUCGCCUGUUCAUGUCCAGAAGGUGGUUCCCAAGCCUCCGCCCCCGCCUCCUGACAAGGCCACACCGGUGCCAGUGUCUACUGCCAGGACACGGUCGUCGCUGGCAUCACUCUAUGCCACGCCUGAGAACACCACCCUGCCGGACUUGCCUUCCUCGUUCCCGGGAACCUGGUCGCCAUACCUCAUCAACCAUAAGAGGCGGGGAGCCUCCCUUGCCAGGACCUUCUCUCAGGGUGAUGCUGGGAGGGAGGUCAGCCAGCCAAACCUCCCUGUGAUGCUGCCUGCUUUGCCGAGAGGGUGUGAACCCACUCAAGUCCAGGAGCCCGAGUUUGUGUUUCAGCAAGCAGGCAAUGGUCAAGCUGAAGGUGAAAGUGCUGUAGAAGAGGCUUUGAAUGGCAAAAGUGUAAUGCUACAGAAAGGCAAGGGGUCUGUUAUAGCUGAAAUAGAGCAGGAGCAGCCUGAGUUUGAGUUUUGUCAAAGUCUUGAAGCAUUAGUGAAGCCUGUUAAUGUUAGAAGGCCUUUGAAUGGUGAGGCACCCAAAAUUUGUGAGAGUGACACCUUUGAAUGGCGGAAGCCUAGUUCACCUCUUGGAACCUCUGUUGGUACACCAGGUGCAGAAUUCUACGAUGCAUUUGAAGAAAUAUCCAGUGACGGUGGAACUCGGUCAUCGCGAGGCAUGGAUGAUGACCUCCGUGAAAUGAGGUUAAGUCUGUUGAUGGAAAUUGAGAGGAGGACACAAACAGAAGAAGCACUUGAGAUCUGGCAACAGGAAUGGAAGAACCUGAGUCACCACCUAUCUCUUGUUGCCUUAUCACUACCAUCUCCAAGUAUAGCUGAGGAUUCUGAUUGUUUAAAGGUGGAUCCUGGAGCUGAGUUGUGCCAGCAAAUAACUGUUUCACAACUUGUGGCUGCUGCUAUUGCUCGGGGUUUUGCUCGUGCUGAAGUUGAAUCAGAGAUGGAAACUAUGAUUGCGACAAAGAACUUUGAGAUUGGAAGGCUGUCGGAUAGGGUCCAGUACUAUGAAGCUGCAAACAGGGAAAUGUCUCAAAGAAACCAAGAAGCUAUCGAGAUGUCAAGGCAACAACGCAAGGGGCGUAAGAAGCGACAGAAGUGGUUCUGGGCUUCAGUUGGGCUUGCAGUCACCCUUGGCGCCACAGCCAUUGCCUGGUCUUACGUAACUCCGUCGCAGCCCCAGGCCAGUGCAGAUCCAAGUAGUGCUGCCAGCCAGUAAGCUACUAAGUAAGCUAGGAUGAAGACAUACUCCUCGUUCCAGAAGCCUAACAAAGAUCUAGCUAUACUCCUAUAGAGGGAAAAAAAUGCUGUAUAAGUUUUCUCUUUGGUGAUCGGCCGUGAUCGCCGCCGCAAUCUUGAUCUGUCGCUUCGUUUGUAGAAGCGUUGUAUGGCCCAUCUCGUAGAUGGUUGAGCAAAUAACACAAUGGAUGUGGGCGUGUGGCUAUGGUUAGUGAACCAUGCCCGUAGCCCACUCAAGCGGAGUUUAUUUUGUCAAGUUCACUUUAUUAUUUAUUUAUUUAUUUUUGCUCUUCCGAAAUAUGAUG